CACGAGUGCUGCUGGACUGUCAGAAGGCAUGGAACACAACGAUGGAUGGGUGGGUGCUUGGCGGGGACUGCAGCAAGGCAGUGAACAUCACGUGCGAUGCCACGGGCAUGAUAACGUCCAUGCACAUCGAGUACAACAGCUUCAAUGGCCCCAUUCCCGACUCCAUUGGCAACCUUGCGAAUCUUCGUAGCUUUAUCCUGGCGUUUACCAACCUAACCGGCCCCAUUCCUGAGUCCAUUAGCAACCUCGCAAAUCUUCGUCACUUAGACCUUUUUACCAACCAGCUGACUGGAUUUCCCGAGUCCAUCACCAAGCUCGCAAAGCUCAAUCACUUCGACCUAGGAAACAACAAGUUAACUGGCACCAUUCCUGAAGCCAUCACCAGCCUCGCACUGCUCACUUACUUUGACAUGGGCACCAACGGGUUAACCGGCACCAUUCCGGAGACCAUCACCAACCUCGUAAAUCUUUCUGAAUU